GAAGCCGUCCUGUCAACUUGCCUUUCCUAAUCUCCGCUUCCGCAUCAGCGUCCCCAAUCCCGACGGCUGACUCGGCCCCCCUGUCCCGCCCCCGCAUUAGCUCCUCGUCCUCUGUAAUCUAGGCUUCCCGUUUCUCUUCCUCUUCUUCUUUACUUUUGUUUCACAUCCGAGAUGAAGGCUCGGGAUGUGCUGACAGUGGCCUGCAUUGCAGCCACUUCUCUCACAGCAGGUAGCAUCUUCUGCUUUCCCCUCUUUGGUCCAGCUCUGACAAGGGACUUGGGUCUCAACCUCACCCAGACCAACACAAUAUGGGGAGGAGCUGUGCUGGGCGAGUACCUCACAGGCGGCAUCUGGGGUCUCCUAGCGGACUGGUACGGACCGCGGGUAUUGAGCAUCAGUGCCGGUCUGCUCUUUCUUGUGGGCUACCAACUCAUCUCGCACGCCGAUGUCGUUGCUUUGAAUGUGGAUGCAAUCACCGAUGGAGGUCUUGAGGGUGGUGACCGGCCGAUGGCUUGGGGAAUGUUCGUCCUCACAGUGGCCAGCUUCGCGGGCAUCGGAGCGGCAGUCGCAGCAUCCUACUUUGCUGCUGUGACAGCCUCCACCCGGUUAUUCAGGACCAGACCUGGCCUGGCUAUCGCAGGACCCCUCACCCUCUUCAGUCUUUCCUCUCUCUUUCUUACAUCUGUGGGCAUAACAUUCUUCUCGGAUCACACAAGCGGCGAUCUCCGUGCUCCUUCUUUCCUCUCCUUCCUUGGAGCUCUAUUGGGCGUCACAAACUUCUUCUCCGCCAUCUUCAUGGACGUCAAGCCACCGCAGGAGAAGGCUAUCGUGGACGGGAGGGCACUGGAGUGGGACACAGAUGGGGAAGGUCCACAUGUGAAUGAGAGGACAUCGCUACUAUCCACAGGCGAUCGAGAGGCCCACGAAGCUACAGUGGAGCGGCCUCUACUGCCAGGGGUACCAGAUUCACAGAGUGUCUCAGCCUUCCUGCUCUCGCCGCCAGUAUGGGCACUCGGUCUCUUGAUGCUGGUUGGAGUAGGCGCGGGAGAAAUGGUCCUGAGCUCCGUCGGCAACAUGGUGGUCUCGCUGCUCGGAAACCACACUGCGGAAGGCAAGACAUCUCCUUCUGCUGCCUCUGGAGUACUCUACCUUGCAGCAGCACCGGGAAUCGGCCCAAUCGCCUUGAGCAUCAGGGCGAACCAAGUCAAAUUGCUUGCAGCAGCCAACACGCUAUCUCGUCUCCUCGGUGGCCUCUUGUCAGAUGUUGUUGCACCCUCAGCCACUCGUGGUAGAGGUACGGGGGACUUCUACGCCUCGCAUCAGCCCAGUCUGAUGGAGCGAUUGGCGGGUAUCACGAUCAGUAGGCUUACCCUGCUACUCUUUGCGAUCUUGCUCUCACUGGCAGCCUAUGUCUGGGCAGCCUUUGGCAUGGCAACCGUAGACAGCUUGCCCGCUUUCAGUAUCGCAGUCGGAGUGUCCUAUGGCCUUGUCUUCACCCUCGUUCCUGCCGUGGUGGUAGCUUCCUUCGGCACAGAGCACUUUGGCAGGAAUUGGGGUCUCUUGACUUACUGCUGUGCAGUGGGAUCAUUGACCUACUCGCUCCUGUACGCUACAGUGUCGGAUGCUGUAGCAUCCCGUGAGGGAGAGCAUCGCGGGGGUCAUUCGAGCGACGGAUCGCCUGCGGGCUCUGGCGGAGCGACAUGUCUGGCCGGACCAGCUUGCUUCCAGCCUUCCUUCAUCGUCGCGCUUAUAGGCAUGGUAUUCGCUCUGGUGGCGCUGCUGCCUGUCUGGCGUAGCUGGAGAAGUCACCUAUAAUCGGACCAAGGCCCGUUGACUCAGAGUCUGUAGACGGCAGUGGGACUUCCAGUAGACUCUUCAUUGCUUCAUGUAGACAUGCUCCAUCUAGAACGUAUAGUACAUAGCUCUCUUUCCUCUCUCAGUGUGACCCGUGCACGCCAGUGACUGGGCUUCUCACACCCUUGCGGUUAUCUGAUAGCGGCGUCUCGGCCUCCUUGCUGUCCCACAGCAGCCGCUGGAGAAUCAUCGUUCUGGCACACCAGUCACCGAGGCAAUAGCAACGAUGAGGC